UCGCCCGGCCGUCGGUUUAGCAAACGAACCCACCGGUCGCCGCCGCGCGUGCGCCCCACGACGCCACCGCUGGCCGGCCCGGCAUCGCCUGCCCUUCCCCGACCACAAAGUCAAAAUCCGGAGGUGAAAUCCAACCCUGCGAGAGCUAGCCGAGAGCCACCGCCACGUCCCAUUUCUUCCCACGCGCGCGUGCACAGGAGCCGGCCGACGUGACGACCAGCCAGACGAACCGCGUGCGCGCAACAACGAGGCCGUCGCGGCGAUCGACGACCGACCGGGAUCAUGGCGCGCGGCCGCGGCUCCGGCGGCGAGGAGGCGGUGGACCUGUGGGCGAUGGUCUCCGAGCUGGAGCGGCAUUUCGCGGGGUACAAGCAGCGGCUCGCCGAGCGGGGCGGCACGGCGGCGCGCGAGCGCGACGGCGACGCUGCUGCGGCCGCUUGCGACGGCACGGGCGGCGGCGGCGGCGUGUACGGGGCGUCGCAGUCUGACGAGGCGGGAGGCCGCGGCAGCAACAGCAGCGACGUGAGGGGGAGGAUGUACGAGGCGUACGUGCGGCGGAGGGACGAGCGGCUGCGGGAAGGCUGGCGCGCGCGCAUGGAGCGCAAGGAGGCCGAGGUCAAGGCGCUCUGGGCGCAGCUCGAGCUCACCGGCCGCGCCGGCGCGGGCGCCGAGAGGGCGCCCGGCGGCGGCCACCCGACGACGACCACCACGACGACGGACGACGGCGCGGCCGCCGGAGACGAGAGGAAAACUGAGCGGAACGACGACGACAAGAGAAGAAGCUCGGACACUGCUCUUGCUCCGAGGAGGAUCACCGGCAAGAAGCAUGCGCGGACCAGGAGCUUCUCGUCGUCCAUCACCACGAACCGCUCCGACGCCGGGAGGCGGCGGGCGCUGUCGCAAGAACCGCCACCGUCAGAGCCACACUCCGCUGCGGAAGCCAGGAAAGAUAACCGAGCGCGCCCGGCCGGCGGUGCGGCGGCAACCACCGGGACGGCGAGACCCAGGACGUCUUUGCGUCGCAAGAACUCCGUCAAAGGACACGUCUCAGCGGCGCCGAAGCUGCCUCGCUCUCUGCCCCGACGGGCUAGCUCCGGCGGCCUCGAGGCUCUCAGCAGAGAGGCUGUUCUGCCGAUCGCCGAUGCGCCUGCGUCCGUGCAGAGCAGCUCGAGCGAGUGUGCUGCCCAUGGCGAAACCCCGAACGCUUCUCCGCCGAGGCCGUUCAUCGUCAAGGACGACAGCGGCGGCGGCGGCGGCGGCUGUGCAGCGGACGAGCGAGACGCCUCGCCGGAGUCAGAUCGCAGCGAGGUGGUCCAAGCCGUGUCAGAUGGCAAACCUGGAGCGAAAAAUGCUGACGUCGAGGAACUCUGCGAAGAGUUCGAAAAGGUUGGCGCCUCUCCUGACAAGCUUGGCAAUCCCAGCGGAGAGAUCACCAGCGACUCGGAGACCGAGCCGAGCUACGUCUACAUCAUCAACAAGGACAACGCCGACGAGCACGCCAUGACAAUUUCUGAACCUUUGAAAUCUGCUGGUUCGGAUGAUGCGCUAGAUUCAGACACGAGGACAAACGAAGAGAACGGCGAAGACAUGCCGGCACCAGCCGACGCCACCGCCGCAGAAAUCGCGACGACGAAUGCCGAGGAAGCGCCGGCGAGAGAGAGCUCCGACGAGUCUUUGUUCUCUGUCAGGUCAGGGCUGAGCGCGCGGCCAUCGUGCAGCUCUCGGGAUCAGUCCAUCGAGAGGCUGCUAGAAGCAGACGCCGUUCUUCUGCGGAAGAAGCGCGAGGAGCGCGCCGAGAAGAGCACGCCGCCUAAGACUCCGGGCAGAGCGGGGAGUAGGGUCUCCGGCGCGGCGCGGUCGCCGAGAGGUACAGUGAGGGGAUUCAAGAAGUUCCUGAGCUUCGGCAAGAAGAACAGAGGCCGGGAUGUCACCGUCAUCGACUGCACGUCGCCGUCGGUGCCCUCGCUGGCGGAAGACGACAGCACGAGCGGAGGGUGGCAGUCCGCUGGUUCGAUCAAGCCCAGGAUGGGCUCCUCGGAUGCUGCCUCUGAUGAUACAGACCAUGGCUACACGGUGUCCCCACGAGUUUCAGCAGCUUGCUCUUUACAAAGCCUUGUAGCUGCUUCUCCUGCAAAAUCUGAACUAGCUGAGAUAGUUCCACAAGAGAAAUCACCCAAAGCUCCACGAUCAUUCUUCUCAUUUCGUUCGCUCAACUGUGGAAGGGGUUGAUUCAAGGCGUUGCCAGUGUAGCCACUGUAAAUUUUAGAAAUAAAGGUUUCAAAAUUAGGUUGCUGUGUGAAAUCUGAUGUAAUUUGUGCCUCACGUGCUGCUUCCUUGUCUGAUGCCGGUACGAGUUUGUGGAGUGAUCUUCUAUCCGGCCAGAUGUAUACAUCAAUAGUAGAUUUACUGUUGUUUGUACAGAUCCAUCCAUCGUGCUCAUGCAUGUAUGGAAGGCCAGAGAUGGAGUUGCUCUGAAUCUUCUCCA